AUGGAGAUAAUAGAUCAUGACCAAGACGAUAGAAUAAUAGAUGCCUAUCAAGAAUACAUUCAAAUAGUAGCAAGUAGAAGUCGAGGAGGAGGUUCAUCUUCUCAAUUGGAUGACAAUGCCAAUGAUCAGGACGAUGUCAAUAACAACAACAACAACAUUCAUGGUGGCGAUAAUCAAAACAAAGAAAGAGAUCAUUUACUCAAACUUGUUGAUCAAGCUGGUGAAGAAGUAGUCAUCAACUUUUACAGACAAAGAAUUGAACAAUCAAAGUUAUUGGCACCAUACAUGAAAGCAAUAUUGCUUUCAUACACUCUUCUACCAAAGUACAUCUUUUCAAUUGAAAACUCUCCAAACAACAAUCAAGAGGAAGAUGAAAUGAUAGACGACGAUGAUGACGACGACAACGACUAUGACGACGAUCAAGACAACAAGAAAAAGAAAAAGAACAAGAACAAGAAAAAGAAAAAGAAGCCACCACAAAAAUCAUUACAAUCCUAUGAAUCAGAGUAUGAGAAUAUUCGAGCACACUUUAUUAUAGAUUUUAUCAAAGAUAUUAGUACUAGUCAGUACCCACUUGGAGACGAAUCAGAUCUCACCGAAUGUGUAGUGACUAUGAAUAGUGAGUGUGAUGGUUUCAAGUCUAAUCAUGUUCAAGGAGUAUUGACAGCUAUUCAAACAACCUUUGAUCAAAACAACAAAGCACAAUUGUUAGAGUUGUAUCCAAAAUUCCUUUCACAAGCUGUUUACUUGCAAAGUUGUAGCAACAACAAUGAUAGUGAUGAAAUAGCAGGCUUUCAACACAAUUCCAUUAUAUCCAUCACAAAACCCACUUGGAAGAAACAUCUUUUAGGUGGAAUCAUUCAAAUGUUUAAUGAUAUAUCUCUUUCAAAAUCAGACUUGACACAUAUUGUUGAUAAUACCAUAGAAUGUUUAAAAGGAUUAAAACAUACUGAAUUACCAGAAGCAAUUUAUAAAUUGACAUUAUUAUCUUCACAUGGACAAAAAGGAUAUAUUCUUGGUAAAGUUGUUGAUCUUUUGGAAGCUAAAUCAAGAUCCACCAAUGAAAAUGAUAUAGUUUGGUUAUCCAAUCAAGCUUUUAUAGCAUUUCAAGUAAACAUUAGUGUCAAACAAGAUAUGGGACUUGGCAAAGAAUUUCUCAAACUCGAUCAUAGUUUGUCAAGAUUUGAUCUCAUAUUUUUACUCUCGAUAGCUGCAAUUCCAAGGUUUAAAUCACAAGUAAUCGCAAUUUUAAAAUCACAAUUAUUAAAAUAUUUAAAAAAUCCAAAACAUGAUUUAAAACAUAUUAUGAAUUUAGCAAAUAGAAUUAAAGACUCUGAAGAAUGGAAUCAAUUGGUUGAACCAUUUUUGGCAUUUGCAAUUUGCUUGGUUGAUACCAAUGCAAUGUUGAUAACAGAACCUAUUCGAAGAGCUAGAGAAAUGGGAAGAGAGCUUUUGGAAAUUUUAUUUGGUAAUCAAUUGUCACAAUCCACUAUUAUGGAUGAAAUUGUUGGAAGAAUACAAACAAAAUCAGAUAAUCUCCAUCCUUGGUUCCUCUUGCUCACCAAAUUGGCAACCAAGGAACAAGCAUUUCUACAAAAAUCCUUUUCAAAACUCAAAGACUCUCUGGAUUAUAUCCAAUACUAUUCUCCGAGCACAGUGCGUCAGCUCAUCACUGCAUUCAAUCUUAUAUGUCGUGGUGAAGGAAAUACUUCACUUCAAGAUGGUAUCAUUAUCACUCUUAAAAAAUCAAUGUUUAAAAAAGAACCAGAAGCCAGAGCUGCUGCCAUUACCGGUUUCCUUCAAGUACUAAAAGAUAUCCCUCUUUCUACCCAACCAAAAUUGGUCUAUGAUAUUCUGGGUAAUCUUAGAAGAGCUCUCAGUCAACAAGCAUCUAUUCGUUCCCUUUUAUACAGUGGUCUCAAAGAUUUGGUUAGAUCAAAAAAAUAUAUUGGCAAUUAUAUUUGUGAAAUUUUACUUUUUCAUUUUCAACAAAUCUAUCAUCACAAAAUUCAACCCGAAUUUUUCAAUUCAUUUUCAAAAGCAGAACAUGGAGGAAGAGUUUUAUCUGAACCAUUUGAUCAACUUGUCAAUUGUAUUCAAUUUUGUAUUAGAAAUACAUCUAGACCCAUCAAUAAUAAUAAUAAUGGUGAACAAAACAACCCAUCAGCUUCAAAUGUUUUGGACCAAUUGACAAGAGAAUUUGAUGGGUUUGUAGAACAAAUGUCGGCCAUUACGAUCAAAUCCUUAACCUUAUUGUCUCCUUUGGAAAUUGGAAUCGUUAUUGGUGUAUUGGAGGCUUUGAUUGAAUACCAAGCAACAUCACAAACGCCUGUCGAUAACAAUAUUAUUAACAGACUUAUAUUACAAUGCCGAGAUGCACAAGUCGCUCUCAACACUCAAAAAGAACAAUCAAAAACCAAAACCUCACCAAAACAAUCGUCCACAAAAACCAAAAAAAAAAGAAAAAGAGACCAAGAAGAAGAAGACGACGACGACGAUGAUGAAGAAGAAAACCAAGAUGAAAGUGAUGGUGGUGUUGUUGACAAGAGUGCACCCAAAAAAAAGGCCACUGACAAAAAAUUACAAGUAAAAGAACAACCCCGUGAACCACUUUCAGCUUAUUGCAUCAUUAGACUCUUUGAAGUGAUUCAUCCAAUUUUGGAGAAAUCUCUAAUCAAAAAAAACCCUGCUGCAUUGACCAAAAUUUCAAAAUUUUUAAACUUUGUUUAUAUUUCUGCAAAUUCUAGAUUAAAAAGGAUGUUUGAAGAAUUAAAGUCAUUUAAAGAAUUAAAUAUUGAUGAAUCCAAAGAGAGUCCUUUUAAAACUGGUCAUCGAGAAUGUUCAACCAUAUUUAAAUACCUUUUAAAUCAUGUGAAUAAUUUGGAAUGGCAUUCCCUCGUAAUCGAUGAUGAUGGAGAUAAAGACUUGUCAAAAAAACCUUCAAUCCAAAUGAUGAUCCUUCAACCAAUGAAAAUUAUUGUUGAUUAUUUUUGUUUUGAAACUGACUCUAUUGAACCCAUUCUUGGUUUAUAUGUAAACAAGACACCAACAAAUGAAGAAAGACAGGUGACACAAUUAAUUGAACAAAUUCUCUAUCAUCAAAAAAUGUGUCUUGAUUCAGAAAUCCCUCAUCAACGUUGGGAUGAAACAGAGUUAUUGUUAAACAUUAUUUGGGUGCUCACCAACAAACCAUCCAUAAAGAAACAAACACUCACAGUCAUGAAAGAGUUUGUUGCUAGACUUUACCAACAAAAAGUCAACUCGCCUGCUCUUGCUUCUGUCAUCACAAAGUUGUGUUUGGAAAGCAAUUCCUUUAAAGAAAAUAUUGUUAUUGCUAGAGAUAUCAAUAUAUUCUUGGAAACUCCUCAAAAACAAGAAGAAGAAGAUGAUGAAGAAGAAGAGAGUGACGACCAACAAAACAAUAUUAUCAACAUACGCACUCAUGAGGCAGUUGAAACACAACUUUUGAAAUUUACAAAUGAUGCAAUCGAUAGAGUUGAUGAACUUAUCAACACGUUGAAAAAGGAUGACAAGCAAUUCACCAAUGCCAACGAAAAGUCAUGCAGUGAAAUGAAAAGAAUAUUGGAACUUUUGGUUGAAACGAAAUUAAUCAACAUGAAACCAGGCACAACAAGAGAAAAACACCUCAAAACUGUCAAGAAACUCUUUGUUGUCCUCUUUAAACACCAAUCGGCAAUGAUCUCUAAAAAAAUGAAUCCUCCACGAGGAGAAUCAGAGUUUAAGAAAAUGGUACACCUUGCAUCUCUCCUCUUUUCCGAGACUCUAAAUGCAGCCAAACUCGACCAAACACCUCAAAGCAACAACAAAUCAAAAAAGGAUUCUGGAAAACAAUCUGCCUUUAUUCUUAGAGAAUCAAAGUUUAUUCCAAUUCUCACAUUUAAUUUGGAAAAGUACGAGUCUGCCGUCAUUAGAUAUGAACAGAAAUUCAAGACAUCAACUUUGGGUAAAUACUUUAAAAAGACUGCUGUUAAUAGCCUCAAUUUUGCCGACAAUGACGAUGCAUUUAAGAAUGCAUUAUCGGAUGAAGAUGAACCAAAGAAAAAGAAACAACCAACCAAGAAAUCUGGAGCAGUAAAGUCUCCAACCAACAAAAAACCUGCUGCACCAAAGCUUAGAAAAUCAUCACCAAAACCAAAACAAACACAAAAAAAACCUGCUAAUUUUAGAUCUCCAACUUCAAGAAAACCUUUUAAUUCUAAAUCAAAUAAUAAUUAUAAUAGUGAUGAUGAUGAUGAUGAUGACAAUGAUGAUGACAAUUAA